AUGGCGUUCCCCUACAUCGACACGCCGCGCACUGAAAUUGACGGGAACGCGACUUAUCUCACCAACGGCUUUCGCAGCGUCGGCAGGACACACUUAUCGGCUCUGGACUCAGUGGAGAACUCAUUUCAUACUCCGUCGAAGGACAACGACGUGAUAAAAGGCUUUAACAAUGGGAGGAAACGCGUCUCUGAUAGCAACAAACUCGGCACCCCGCGCGCCAACAAUCCCAAAUCAACAAGAAGCGCGUUAAGACACCUCCCUGCAGCAGGAACAGCCAGGGGAGAGUUUACGCCUCUGAUGAAAAGCGCGACAAAGAACAAUUACCUCAAAAAUAUCUCGACCACUCGAGGGGCGGACGGUCCGAAGACUCCGGGUUACUUGCGAGACACCAGUCGCCUGGCCCAUACCCCUGGGCUACCACCCAUCGACAUGUCUGAUAUAUACGAGGAGGAUAUGACGGCCGAUGAACCGACACCGCUUCCUCAAGCCGCCAGCAGCAGUGUGCAGAGUACUCCUCUUCCAGGACUCGGCCGCGGAGGUGGAGGCGUCCUGGGCGAUGGUCAAAAUAUGACUCUGAAAGAACAAGAGAGAAUUAUCGACAGGCUUGACAAGGACAACUGGAAUCUCAAGCUGAAGAUCCACUACCUCGAAGAGCAGUUGGAAAAAGCCGGCCCCGAAUACAACAGCACUGCACUCAAAGAGAACACCGAUCUCAAAGUUACAAAGCUAACUAUGCAGCGCGAUAUCUCUCGGUACAAGAAAAGCCUACUACAAGCAGAACGCGAUUUGGAGGAUUACCGCCAACAGGUUGCGGAGAUGAGAGAGAAAGCCCGACGAGGACAGACCGAUGAGGAGGUACAGCAGGAAAUGGACUUGAUGCGCGAUGAGGUCGAUGUCCGGGACAAGGAGAUCAGAGAACUACGAGAAGAGUUGAGACUGGCCAAGGACGGGCAAUCCCAGGAGAUCGAUAAACUCCGAGACGACGUUGAGGACUUGGAAGCGGCGGUCCGAGAAAAAGAUCGGAUAAUCGACGAGCGCGAUGAGCAAUUGGAGGAGCUGAGAGAGAAUGCCAACGAGAACGACGCAGCUACAGAACUUCAAGUUGAGCUUGACCGGGCCAAGGAGCAUCUCCAGGAACUCCAAGAUAGUCUCGAGAAGGCGAAAAUAGACGUGGAGGAAGCGGCCUACACAGCAAGACAGGCUGUGGAGGAUAAGGAUCGUGCUGAAGAUGAUCUCCGAGAAUUGCAGGACGAGAUGUCAAACAAGUCUUUUACCACAAAGGGACUUAGUCGGCAGCUUGAAGAGAGAGCUGAACAGCUUGAGGUGGAUAUGCAUGAUCUGCAGCGAGAAAACGAAACGCUCAGGGCUGAACUUGAGAACAAAGCUCGUUCAGUCGCUCAGUUGGAAGAGCGCUACCGUACACUCCAGCAAGACUUGAAGAGCAAUGCCGGAAAGCUGGGCGAGGACUUGGAAUUGGCCAGGCAUGAACGGGACUCGGCGGUAAGGGAUCGUGAACAGACAGCGAUGCGCCUACAAGAAGCCCUUGAUGAUGCCCAACGCCAGACAGAAGAGAAGGAACUUCUACAAACUCGACACCAAGCCCUGACUGACGAGUCAGGAGGUCUUCAAGGCGAAUUGACUCGAGCGCAGUCCAGGAUUCGCGAACUUCAACAAGCAGUCGAGGAGGCUACUACACGUGCUCAAGAUAAUCAGAAUCUGCGCUGGCAACACAAGGUGGAGCUAGACCGGUUUCGGGAGGAGAUUGAAGUUCUUCGGAAUGAGAUAGAGGACAAAGAAGGCAACUUUGCCCUCGAGCAAGACCGUUGGGACAGCACCAAGCGCACAUUGCAAUCUCAAAAGGAGCGGGCUGAAGAGCAAGCAUCAGGCUACAAGCGAACGCUCGAGAGACUCCAGGCAGUGGAACACAGUCUUUCAGGGAAGGAGCACAAGCUUCAGGAUGCUAUCGACAGUGAGAAGCAGCGCCAUACCCAGGAAGAAGCUGUGCUCAGCCGCCAAAUCAAAGAACUCGGUGACGAUCUGGCACUGAAGAGACAAAUUAUCGACGAACAACGGAACGACCUUCUUACUGUGCGAGAGGAACUUCGUAUCUCCAAGCGCGAGGAGCAAUCACUCAAGGAAAAGAUCCAGGCAUUGGAAGACGAAGUUGUUGUAUUACAAUCUAGCCUAGCAGAGGAGCAACAGUAUGCCAAGGGCCGAUCUCAAAAGGGUUCAACCGAUAUGGAAUUUCAAUUGCAGAAAGCUCGUGAUCAGCUUGCCCAAGCUCAUGUUGAGUUGCAUGAGUUGCGGACCUCUUUGGUUGAGAUGGAGACCGAGCGAGACGAACUCCAGACCCAGGUUGAACGCGCGCAGAGUGGCGAUGAAACAAGUCGGUUUGACCGUGAAAAGCUCGAACUCCGGAAGACCACCACUCGCUUAGAGAACGAACUGAAACGUCUUCGAGAUGAUAAGUGUGCCCUGUUGGAAGCCAAGGAAACCCUCGAGGGUCAGCUUGGGCUCGAGAUCGAAAGUGCUACGGCGGAACAAGGUCGCCUUUCAGCUGAAAUCGAUCGUCUUCAGGAUAAGUUGCUCGCUGGCUCUGGAAACCGGGACAGGGAAUUGACAUCCGCCAAGACAAAGGUGCAACGACUCGAACGGCGAAUCCAGGAGCUGGAGACGCUUCUCGCACAACAACCACUAGCUGAGCACGAGCAGUCUACCACACAUGGUGAUCUGUCUGUUCUCCGUCAUAGCCUGGAUGAGGCCCGUAAGCGUGAGAAGGUUCUUCUGCAGGAACACAAAGCAGCUGUGCGCGCCUGGAAAUCCCGAAAUUCAGACUUGGAAAGAGACCUUCAUGACGCCCUCAUGAAUAAAUUCGACUCCGGCUCUGCACAGAAUUCGCCCUCUAACAAGCUCAAUGAAGAGUUGCGUGGCCUACGCAAGCAGCUCGCGGAAGCACACCGAUCUCUCAAGGAGGUCAAGUCUAAGAAUCGCGAUCUGGAACGUGCCGCCAUGAAAGAGGAGGACCAAAGGGACCUCCAUGAACUACUCAAGUCUUCGACCAUCGAGGCAGAGGCUCUGGCUCUGAAGGUUUCGGAACGAGACUCGCGAUUGAAUGAAAUGAAAGCAUUAGUUCGCCGCAUCCGUGAAGAGCGUGGCUUCUGUGUUCGCAAAGCUGAAACGGCCUUGAAGGACCUGGAGACACUACAGCAACUUUACGAGGAGGCUCUGGAAAAGGCAUCUCAAGGAAAGUCGACCAACAAGACCCGACAUGAAAAAGAGAUGCGUGGUCUAGGCAAGGAAAUCAUCUGGCUUCGUGCCCGUCUAAAGCGUGAGGAGAAGUUCCGCCGUGAUCUGGCCUGGAGUAAGGGUCUAAUGGAACUCGGUGAACGGGUUCGCGUAGCAUGCAACGAAGCCGAUCUCCGCAUGAUUUCCGAAAUGGGUGUUCAUGCUCGUGAUCGUACCUCUGUGCGUUCUCCCCGCGGCAAGUUGCGAUCUGCCAUCUCCCUGGUAGUCGCGACUGUUCGUAUGAAAAAGAUGGGCCAGGAGUGGAGGCGGACCAAGAAGCUAGGCGAGGGCUUAAAACGGGCUAAGAGUGAGAUGCUCAAGCGCCGCGAAAGCUCUGGCAAGAGCUUGCUGGGCCAGUAG